AUAGGUUUAUCACUUAUACAAACAAAUUUAAAUGUUAACAGCCCUCGUUAAGAUUAAAUCGCUUGUCAAAUUAUAUUAAUGAAAACCAAUUUUCUAAAUCAGUUGAGCGAGAUAAAUUUUAUUUGGAAUGUUAAAGAAGCGAACUUAUUUUGUUGAUAAAAUAAAUAAGGCUUUUUAUUGUCUUUAUACUUCCGACUAAAAGCUGCUUUUCACCAUGGUUGCAAGCCUACGAGCAAAAAACCAUGUGACUUAUAAAAGUGCUUUCAGAAGCGUAUCUAAUUAGUCAUCUAUUAUGUAAGAAAUAAAAGACAUCGACUUAUUGACUCAUUAUUAUAAAGCAAGCGACAAUGCUUUAAUUACUCGCUUCGAUUUAAAGUAUUACUGUACGAAAGCUGUCGACGUGUUCAAAUCUAGAAAGAUCAAGUUUAGAGUUCGGCAAUAAAAUUUUAAAAAGAUUGCAAAUGACAAAAUCUCCAGUUGAUUUUUAUGUAACUUAAAAAUUUAACAUCUGUGAAUAUAUGACGAUCAUAUUAGUAACGCAUUUUUUUUGAAAACACAUGAAAUGGAGUUUUUAAAAGCUAUACGAGCGAAUGAUUACAAAAAAGUGGAAAAGAAAUUAAAAAAAGGCUGGAAUGUGAAUCAACCGAUCGAAGAAUACAACAGCAAAGAUCUACUAUGUGUAACUAUACCCUUAUGUGUGGCAGCAGCUCGCGGCUUUGCUGACAUUGCAGAACUGUUAAUGAGUUAUGGCGCAAAUAUACACGCCUGUAAUACGGACUGGUCUUCACCUCUACACACGGCUACAUACCAUGGGCAUUUAGAUGUUAUAAGACUCCUUAUCGCUAGGCGAGUCAAUGUGAAUAAUCAAGACCAACAUGGCGAUACAGCGUUGCAUAUUGCUGUUAAGAAGGCCAAUUUUGAAGCUGUAGUACUUCUGUUGAGAACUAACGCGGAAAUAGAAAUGAAAAAUAAUACCGGAGAUACACCAUAUGAUAUCGCUAUGUCUCAAAACUUUACUAGAAUCGCACAAACUUUAACGCAAAGAAAAAUGGAAAUACAAAAACAGAAACAACUCGAUAACCCCAAACCAAUACCACCCAAACCGAAAAAACCACCACGGGUGGGAAAGGAUCCAGAAGAGAGUGAAAAAGACAGACUUAAACGACAACUGCAAGAGUUGGAACUGAAGGAGGUCAACGAGUCUAUCAAAACAAAAAAUGAACAAAUCUUGAAAGUCACCGACGAAAUGCGAGACUUUGAAGGAGAGGUCACGCAGGUUAAGGGAAAGAUAAGCGCCUUAGAUAAAAAACUGAAGCAGCUAAACGAAACUUUAAUAGCCAAAGCAACUUACAAGAAAACAUUACAACAAGAUUUAGAAUCUCUUGAAAAAAAGAAAAACAAAACAUUCGUUAAAGCAUCAGCAGUAAAUGAAGAAGCAUUUGAAUGUCCGAUAUGCUUCGUUUUGCCUCUACCACCCAAACAAGUGUACCAAUGUACUAAUGGUCACAUUUAUUGCAGCGACUGCAAAGAAAAACCGCGCAUGAGCGUCUGUCCACAAUGCCGUGCGCCAAUCCCAAAAGACAAUGCGAUUAGGAAUUUGAUGUAUGAAGAAAUCAUCGCGAAUGUGUUUUCUUGAAAUUUUAAAAAAUGACGAAACAUUGAUUGUAGAAAUUAUUUGUAAAUUAAAUAUUAGAAAGAUUAGAUUGAAAAAUAA